UCCCCUUGAGGGGGCCAGGGCUGCCAAGAAUAAUGCUGGGAUAGGAUAUCAUCACUAGUGGCCAGAGGAUUUUGGGAGCCAGACCACCCUCAUCUUGUGUCAACUCUGACAGAGAAUGACUCUGGCAGAAGGCUGCAACUAAACAAGUCAUCAUCAAUGGUCUAGAACCCCAUCUAACAACAGACCUGUAGAAAUGGAGCACUAUCGCAACAAGCAAGAACAUCAAGCCAACCAUCAAGACCCAGCCCAGCCAACCCAGUCAGACAAGCAAUUCAACAACGUGCUGGUAGAUGAACUGGACAUGCUAUUGACCCAAGCAGCUUCCGUUAUUCAUUCUUCUAAGGCAAACCAUCCGAAGCACCAUAAAUCCAGUUCUGAGGAAGAGGACACAGAGGAUAUGAAUGAUGUCUGGAACAAUUAUAAUCCCCGACAACGUUUGGAAACUGCCCGGGUCUUGGGACAUUGGGAGCAUGAGCGACAGCUCAACAUGAGUGCCCCAGGGAGAACUAGGGUACUACCAAAGUCUGGGCAGUGCUGGAAUCCAGGGAGAUCAUCAGAAACCCCCCAGGAGCCUCUGAAGAGCCAGUUAUAUCCUCUGGACAGGCAGACGAAUAUGGCGUUACAGGUUCCUUCUCAGGAAAACCUUGGAGUGGGAGUAACUAAGAUCCCAGUCCAGAAACAAGUGGAGGCUAGAGGGGCUGAAGCCUUAAUCCAGCAACAGGUAAGGGACAGAGUGAUUGAGGUCCUGUCCCGAGGACUAACAAUCAAGAAUUCAGUCCAGAAACAACCGGAGGCUAGAGAGAUUAAGACCCUGUCCCAGGGACCGUCAAGAGGCAGAGAGACUCGGAUGCCACCUUGGGAACAACAGGAAGAUAAAGUUGAGUCCCAGUCCCGGAGACACUCGAGGGCCAGAGAGACACAUUCCCCAUCUUGGGAAAAGCUGGGAGAUAGAGAAGUUGACUCCCAGGCUCAGAGACAUUCGGAGGCCAGAGAGAUGCAUCCUGAAUCUAAGGAAGAAGUAAUUCGUAUCUGGUACCAUGAACCCUCAGACUUCAGAGAUUCUCCCACACCAUCCUGGGAACAACCGGGAGCUAAAGAAAUUGAAUCCUGGUCCCAGGGACUCUCAGGGGAUUUAGAUUCUUCUACACCAUCCUGGGAAGAAGCGAUUAAGAUCUGGUCGCAGGACUCCUCAGACACCCAAGAGAUUAAUUUUCCAUCUUGGGAAGAAGCAAUUAAGAUCUGGUCCCCGGAGUCCUUGGGGGCCAGCAAGAAUCAGACACCUGAUUGGAAACAGCUGGGAGGUAGAGAAGUUGAGUCUGGGUCCCAGGGACAAUCAGGGACCCAAGUGACUCCUGUAACACUUUGGGAAGAAGCAAUGAAGAUCUGGUCCCAGGGACACUUAGAGGCCAGAGAGACCCCUACACCAUUUUGGGAAGAAGUAAUUAAGACCAGGUUGCAGGAGCCCUCAGAGUCCUCAGAAACUCCUACAUCAUCUUGGGAGCAGCUGGGCACUAGAAAAGUUGAAUCUUGGUCCCAAGAACAUUUAAGGGCCAGCAAGAGCUAUAUACCAUCUCUGACGCAAAUGAAAUUUUUAAGCCCCCGGAUCACUUCCCAAACAUUUUUAGCAUCCAUGAUAUCAAAGGCUUUAACUCAAGAAGAAGUUAAAGAUGCCCUCAUCAAAAUCUUGGCCAGUGAGGUGUUGGGGGCUUAUGUAGCCAAAGCUCUGCCCCAGAGGAUGCUGAAGCCUGCCUUGACAAGAGCCCUAUCCCAGAAGGACCUGGGAAACACCAUUAUUAAAGUUCUCUUCCAGCCUAAAGUGAGGGCUCAAGUAGCAAAGAUCUUGUCUCAAGAGGAGCUAAGAGCUGCUUUAGCCAGGGUUCUCACACAAGAGGAAAAAGGGGUCCUGAUCCAAGCCCUACUUAAAGGGGAACUGGGAUCGAUGGUCAUCCAGGCCUUAGCCAGAGGGAUCCUGGGAGUUACUGUGAAUAGCUUCGUCACCCUGAUGACCCUCGCCCCCACCGAGAAGAUCCCGUGCCCAUCAGAGCAGUCUUUGAGGACUGUAUCAGGUGAGAACGCCCCAAGUCCAACCUGUCAGUCAGUGAGGAGGAAGGAAACUGUGAAAGUACCCCAGGGGUCCUCAGAAAGGAAGGAGUCCCCACUCCCGGGAGCUACUCGGGUGGCUUUGAAAGCGAGCCCAACUCAGAAGAUUAACGAGGAACAGCUCUGGGCCAUUCUGGUGAUUCAGUCCUAUUUCAGGGGCUUCAAGGUUCGACAAAAUAUAGCCCAGCAGCAUUUGGCAGCUACCUUCGUACAGUCCAUCUGGAAAGGCUUAAUGGUACGGCGAACCUUGGGCAGGUGCAACACUGCUGCCAUCAUCAUCCAGGCAGCCUGGCGGGGCUAUAUUACCCGGAAAUUGAUGACCUGGGACCUGCUCUCCACCUCCCUUAUUAAGAUGAUGCGCCAGAAAGAGAAGAGACCCUUAGGACACUGCAACCUCCGGCCCUGCCAACCUGGCUCUUCCGGCACCUGUGGGUCCAGGCUCCCGAAUAUGACUCUGGGCCGGAAGAUAGACGGAUCACCCAACCUGAUGCUGUUGACCUUUAUGGGUUCCCGUUGCCCCCAUGCUUCUGGGUGUUAUACAGACAACAACGUCACUUGCAGAAUGGGUAGAGGCCCCAGGCUGGAGAGCGGAAAACUCAAGGGGUACAAGAGGCCUGAGAAGCCAAGCAAGUAAAAGCAACUGGAGAAUGCAGCCACAGUGUUGCAGGCUGCCUGGCGAGGGUACCAGGUUCGGCAGGCUCCGAGGCAGCAGCAAAGGGCAGGCCCCAUGAUGCAAGUUGCCUGGAGGGAGUUUUACUAUCAGAAUGAGCUGGUCUAGCAGGUGCAAUAAGAGGGGGAGAAUACUACCUGGGACCCCUGAAGGACAAUGUGCCGUGGCAUAGGGCUGCACUGCACCACUACUGUCCAUCUACCUGCCACAGUUUGUCUGAGCUGAAAUAAAACAACUGCAACCCA